AUGAAGUCAAACAUGGCUUCCGUACCCAUCACCCGUGUUACCCUUUUCAAAAUCCCUGAUCAGGCAGAUCAAGAAAAACUUCUAAACAUCUACAAGGAGAUGCCCUACAAAGCAAAGAAGAACGGAAAGCCCUAUAUCCUCUCAGUCACUGCUGGGCCAGCAUUUGAAGACCAACGAAACCAGGGUUUUACCGUGGCAGCAAUCUCUGUAUUCGAGUCGACGGAGGACAUGGCAUAUUAUGAUAAUGAAUGCGAGGCACAUCAAAGCCUCAAGGUCGUGGCUAACACUUUACAUAAAGGUGUAAUGAUGGUCUACUUCAGGAGUGUCGUGGCUUGA